AUGCCUAGCGUUGUCGAAGUUCCGAAGCCUGCCACCUUCAGCGCAAAGCUGAAGCAGAAGCUCGCACAAACACAGGAGAAGGCGUCCAGAGACUUCCGAUCUGAUGUCGUCACUGCUAUCGUGGAUGCCUCUGUUAGCGAUGAUAUCUACGAUGAGGAUGGUGACCGCUGUGUCAAGGCCCUUGAACAGAGACUCGUCGAGUUGACUGGUAUGGAGGCCGCACUCUGGACAGUUUCGGGCACCCAGGGGAAUCAGAUUUGUCUACGUACACACCUGACCCAGCCUCCCCACAGUGUUCUCCUUGAUCACCGUGCCCAUGUUCAUUGCUGGGAAUCCGGUGCCCUUCCCGUCAUUUCUCAAGCCUCCACAACAACGAUCAAGCCUAAGAAUGGGUUCACUCCCCCCCCUACUCGCGUUGUUUCACUCGAAAACACCCUUUUCGGAACCAUCCUCCCCCUUGCCCAUGCUCAAGAGAUCUCGCAGUAUGUGAGAUCGCUACCCCAGCCUGAGGGUCAAAAGCCCAUCGCGAUGCAUCUCGACGCUGCUCGGCUAUUUGACGGCGUGAUUGGUGAGGGAAUGGACCUCAAAGCUUACGCCGCCUGCUUCGACAGCAUGUCCAUUUGCCUUGCCAAAGGUAUUGGAGCACCCAUCGGAAAUGUCAUUCUUGGAAAGAAGGCUUUCAUCGAACGAGUCAAGUGGUUCCGCAAAAUGCUGGGCGGCGGGACUCGGCAGCCUCGCAUGAUGGCUGCUGCAGCCCUCUCUGCACUGGAGUAUACACUUCCUCGCUUCCCUAUCGUUCAUAAGAUGACCAAGGAUGCUGCUAAGCAGCUGGAAGCUGUGGGCUACAAGUUCUCGCUGCCUGUCCAGACGAACAUGAUUAUUCUGGAUCUCGAGGGAGCUGGUAUUCCUGCGGCUGCUUUUGUCGAGUACUGUGCACGGGAGAAGGUGGUAGUGUUCCCCAUGGCCCGACUUGUAUUUCACCAUCAGACUUCAGAAACUGGUGUUAAGAAUCUCAUUGCUGCUCUAACUAAACUCAUGGCAGACAAGAAGAACGGUAUCGCUCUUGAGGAUAAGAAGAUCAGCGGAGGGUAUAGCUAG